UUUAUCAACAGAGUUGGUUUUGAUAUGAUAAGUUUGUGAUUAAAAUUACAAGACUAAGAGACUUGUUGAUCCAAGAAAAAGAUCAUUUCUAAAUAAUAACUCAAAAUUUUUCUGUGAUGUUUCGCAUUUUUGCCACAAAUCUCCGGCAGUUUUCAUCAAGUGCCAGGAGCAAGCUUACUUUAUGUUCUGAGAAAGAUGGUGUCAGGAAUAUUGUGCUGAAUAAUCCCAAAACUAGGAAUUCCCUAUCUCUGGAAAUGAUGAAUGAUAUUUUAGGUGAUCUAACACAUAAUCUGGAAGAUAAAUCUCUGAGGGUCAUUGUGCUAUCCUCAGUGGAGAGUCCGGUGUUUUCUGCUGGACAUAAUCUUAAGGAAUUGGCUCCAGAAAAGGGUGAGGAAGUUCAUAGGGAAGUCUUUAAUGUUUGCAAUAAGCUCAUGAUGGCUAUGAUUGAGGCUCCAGUACCGGUAAUUGGGAAAGUAAAUGGCUUGGCAGCAGCUGCUGGAUGCCAGUUGAUUGCCAAUUGUGAUAUGGUCAUUUGUUCCUCCAAGAGUUCCUUUUCAACUCCAGGGGCAACAUUUGGAGUUUUCUGCUCAACACCAGGAGUUGCAGUCGUUAGGAAAGUUUCUCGAAUGAAAGCUGCUCAGAUGUUAUUUACAGGACUCCCAAUUUCUGCCCAGGAAGCUCUCAGUUGUGGUUUAGUGAGUUCUGUGGUGCCUCCGGAAGAGCUUGAUGCAGAAGUAGACAGAAUUUGUCAGGCUAUUUCAUCUAAAAGUCGUUCUGUGAUUGCUCUUGGGAAGAAAUUUUUCCAUCAACAAGUCGAAAUGGGCACCAAGGAAGCUUUUGAGGCUGCUGGUGAGGUGAUGGUUAGGAAUUUGUCUGAACCAGAUGGGCAGGAAGGUGUAAGGAGUUUUGUUGAGAAGAGAAAACCUAUAUGGACGCAUGAGGGUUGAUAAAUAAAAAUGUUAUCGUUUUUUUUUUUUCAAA